AUGCAAUUGUCAAGCAAAUUAUCUUCAGCAUCUCUUUUUGCUGUCUUAACUGUUUUUUUGUCUUCUGUUUCCGCCUCUGAACUGUCUUGGGUGGUUGGAAACGGUAAGGUUUCAGUGUCUAACGGGCCUACCACCGACUUUUCAAAACAAUUCAAGUCUUCAAAAGCAUCUACUCCAAUUGCUGAAUCUGUCGUGAUUCCUCCUGGAAGCACAUUUGAUGUUUCUUUCGACACUCUGAUUUCGAAUGCCACUUCCAAGGCUGAAAAGGCCACCCGCGCCCAUCAGACAGUUCUUCUCAUUUCUUCACCCAAGCUUGGUGUGGACUUUUCUUAUCCUAUUUCCACUCGUGCUAGUGGAAAGGACGCGAAGUUGUCACUUUCAAUUCACAAAAAGCUCCCCGAGGUCCUAUUAAACAAGGCUGUGGCUGGCCCAUUGAAAGCCGAGAUUGUUGUGGGUGGAUUCGAUUCCGAGUCCGUUGAGGAGGUUGUUGUUAAGGGAACUUCUGAGGAUGAGGAAAACAAGGAGUCACCCAAAACUACCAUUAAGAAAAUUUAUACCCCAGUGGAUCCUACUAGAAUUGUUCUCACAGAGCGUUUGAUUGUUAUCCCAUCGCAGCCAGAGCCCGCCAAAAAGGGCAAGGCUCCAGCUCCUAAGCCAUCUGAGGUUGCUCUUCCCGUUCGUAACGAGGCUCUUCCUGAGAUUCAUCACAUUUUCCGUGCUCCUCCUCAUACCAUUUCCCGCAGCAUUGCUCUUGCUUCUAUUGUUGCGAUUUUGGGUUGUAUCAUGGUGCUCAUCAACUCUUGGACUCUUUUUGCUGGCGUUAAUUUGGGCCAGCUUCCUCAAGCUCUCAAAGCUGCCCCGUUGGCACAUACCACUUUUAUGGCUUCCAUUUUGGCUUCCGAGCUUCUCUUUUACAAAUAUUACCUUGGGGAUUCUAUUUUCCAAACCCUGGCCUCGCUGGCGGUUGUUGCACCAAUUGCAGUCUACUCAGGUUCCAGAGCUCUUAGAGAAAUCAAGACUCGUCGUCUUAAUGGGUUGAUAUAG